UUGGAGGUUGGCCAUAGGCACUGCAAAUACAAAAACAGCAGGUGCCACCUCUCAAUGCCAUGCACCAAACCCUCCCUUUUCCUUUUACUACCCUAAUUAAUCCCCCUCCAAAACCAUUAAAUCCUCCACCUACACCCAUUAAAAAACAGAUAACAACGCUCUGUUAAAAACCUUCAUCGUUUCCUCUCUCUCUCUCUAUAAAAAUCUUCAUCUCUCACGCACGUUUUUUGAACGCUUAAACACUCUCUGCUCCACCCCACAAACCAUCAUCCUCAUAUACUUUUUUUAAUCAAUUGUGGUAAGUUGGCUUUUUUUGUUAAACUUUUAUGUUAGGCUGUGUAUCUAGCCCAACCUAGCUCCUUUUAAGUGAAAGUGAAAGUCAAAAGCUAUCAGCCUUUUUUAAAUCAUAACCCUUAGUUCUAUGGUUUUUUUUCUAUUAAUUGAAGUCGAUCGGUUUUUGUAAAAUUUUAUGACCCAAUCUUUUUAAUCUAGGCAUGAGACGGGUUAAGUGAUAGUUAAAAAUUAUCACUCUUCUUAAACCAUAACCCUCGCUCUCAUUUGUCUGAAAACGGAUCGCUUUUUAGUAACGCCCGCCCAAGCCCACGAACCACCACCUACCUAACACACCCUAAAAUGGAUGGUAACAUAAUAACCUCUUCAUAAUUACUUCUCUACCCCCUCUCCUCUCUCAAACUCUUCAACAUCCCUCUCUCUCUCAUAUGCACUUCAACUCUCUUUAAAAUCCUAAUUCUGAUCCCCCUCUCUAAACCCCUUGACUUUGUGCCUGUCUGAACUUCCCAUCUCUCUCUCUCUAAACAAUAGAAUGGACAUCCUCUUACCAAACCAGGAGGAGGUGGUGGAGAGUGGAAGCAGGGCAACUCAAGCACAGAUAAAAAGAUCAGGCCUCUCGUACUGGCUCCUAUUUGCUUCAAACUGUGCAGCCCUCGUAUUAGGUUCCAUCUCUGCAAGCAUGCUCUCGAGGUUCUACUUCAUGCAUGGUGGCUCAAGCAGAUGGCUCUCAACUUGGGUGCAAUCGAUCGGGUUCCCCUUACUCCUCAUGCCCAUCUAUCUCUCUCAUCUCACAGGCCACUCCCCAAGGCCUUUCUCCCUCUUCACCCCAAAACUCCUCUAUGCAUGCUUUGGCCUUGGCCUCCUUAUUGGUAUCAAUAACUUCCUCUAUUCAUGGGGUAUCUCUUAUAUCUCUGUCACUACUGCUUCUCUCCUUUUAUCCACACAAUUAGCCUUCAAUGCCAUAUUUUCCUUUGUUUUGGUGAAGCAAAAGAUAAGCUUUCCAUCCAUGAACUGCAUAGUUCUUCUCACUUCAAGCUCCAUUCUCUUGGCCUUGAGUUCAAGCCAGGACAUGCCUAAAGGGGUUACAAAGUUUCAGUAUAUUUUGGGUUUCUUGUCUACUUUGGGUGCAGCUGGCCUUUUCGCCAUCUAUCUUCCAUUAAUGGAGAUGGUGUACAAGAAGCUGACUUCCAUUAAGUUUACUUAUGCAUUGGUAAUGGAGAUGCAACUGGUUAUGAGCAUUUCGGCGACUCUCUUCGCCACAAUUGGGAUGGUCGGUGAUGGUGCUUUUCGCGAGAUGAGAGAGGAAGCGAAUGGUAAGUUUGAAUUGGGGCGUUUGAGCUACAUUUUGACAGUGGUUGGAGGUGUAAUUUCAUGGCAGUUUUGCUUUAUGGCGACCACUGGACUUAUAUUUCUCACUACUUCUCUCAUGUGUGGGAUUUGCAUGAGUGCUCUGCUGCCCCUGAUUGUGGUAGCUGGUGCAGUGAUUUUCAAAGAUGAUUUUAGUGGGGAGAAGUGGAUUUCUACUGUUCUCUGUAUGUGGGGUUUCUUCUCUUACCUGUAUGGAGAGAGAAAGAAAAAUCAAGAGGUUGUGGGGUUGAAGAGAGAGAAUGGGGAGAGAGACAGGGGAAGAUCAAUGGAGUUACAUGAUAUUGAGGGGCUCUGAAUCUAUUCAACUCGCCCUUUUCUUUUCGCUUUUACUCCUGUUGCCUUUCUUGCUUCUCUCUCUCUCUCUCUCUCUCAUUUCUAUGUUGGCUUGGCACUAAAAAGAGAGGGGACUGGAAGAUUUGAUGUGUUAUGUAUAUAUCUCCAUACUCGAAAUGUAAAUCUUGGCUUAUUCAAAUUUA